GCUCAGCCGCUGGAAGGGCCCUGAGGGGAAAACCUCCUCCCUCAGCACACGAUGUCACGAUGCUAGGUACCUGAAGGUGCUCCUCAUGGGCGCAGGUUCGAUCCAUAUGCUUUUCCAACUUUUGUGGGCCAGCUGGGCCACCCUCUUGGCCGCUGGUCCAUCCUGUGAUGGUCAGUGCGCGCGGACCGAGGCAGAUGUAGAGCUUGCCGAAGAGCAAGAAAUUGGACAGAUAGACAUGCAGCUGCUUCAAACAAAGGUCCACGCGCCCGCGGCAACGGCCGACAAGGACGUGCCCAAGCGGGUGGUCUCCAAGGAGGGCGGCGUGUGCUGGUCCAGCGAAGACUGCUGUGUCGAGGACGCAGAUGGCUACUGCCCCCUUUUCUGCAAGGAAGGCACUGAGAUUGACACCCACAACGCCAAGGGCUGGGAGGUCAAGGGCCAGUGCAUGAAGAAGUGGACUGGCUACUGCCGGGAGGACGAGCAGUGCAAGACGAUCAGCCACGCCAAAGGCGAGAGUGGCGAUCCCACAUAUAUUGGCAACUCCAUUUGCUUUCGCGCCCCGGGCGCCCUGGACGGCACUUGCCGGAAUGACACCCUUUGCGACGCCAUGUCGUGUGGCCGCGGCAGCUGCCGCUGGGGCAAAUGCACCUGCGACUUCGGUGUUAGCGGAGAUCAUUGCGACAAGUCCACGGAGGCGUUUGCCUUCCUCUUCUAUGGGAACAGCUCCGAGAAUCUCAUCUCGGUGCGGGUCUUGGUGAAGUCCAUGCGAGCUGCAGGAGCUACGCAGGACAUUCUGGCCAUCAUACCAAAGAACAUGCUGGCCACCACACCGCAGAAGCACCUGGAGACCUUGCAGCACGACGGCGUCAAGAUCUACCCCACAGAUCCCAUCCCCAUGCCUGCGGUCAUGGAUUCAGAUCCCGUGAUCCACCGCCGCUGGAGCGGCGUUAUGAACAAGUUCGCCGUCUGGCGGAUGACGGAGUACUCCCAGGUGGCCCUGCUGGAUACCGACAUGGUCUUUGAUGUAGACGCUGAGAGCCCGGGGAAGAUCUUCUCAGAAUGCAGUGCGCCGCUGUGCGCGGUUCGUGACGGCGACUCUCGCUUCAUGAACGCAGGCGUCAUGGUGAUCACCCCUUCGGGCCAGCGCUUAGCCCAUUUGCUGCAGGUCUUGGCUGAUGAGCAGCACCACUUCGCAAUGCCGGAGCAGUCAUUUUUGACGCAGUACUGCAAGAACCACAAGUUCAAGAUGAAGCUGCAGUUCUUGGACAAGAAGUGGAACUCCUGCGUGGGUGGCGGCAUGCUGCACAACACCGGCUGGGAGUCCACAGGCUACAACGUGCUGCACUCCUGCUCGUGGUCGGGGAAGCCACCGAACAUGAAGAUGUGCUUUCCAGGCAGCUGCGACAGCAACCAGGAGUGGCACACCGUCUUGGUGUGGCAGUUCUUCCAUAUGCAGGUGGACAGCUGUGUGCGCCAUGCAGAUGAAAAAACGUGCCACAGCGGUCACCAGUGCCGAUGGUGCGGCAAGUACUGCGGCACUAUGGCCAUCGAGUGCAACAAGAAGCUCUUCAACCAGACCUACAUCAAGGACAAAGACGAGCCGGACAUCCAGGAAGCUGCGCGGCUGGGCGCGCUGACGCGCAGCGUGUGGGAUGCACCUGAGAACACCACGCAGCAGGAGUGGCACAACCUGCCCGUGGGAUCUUGGGCCUGGCCACAGGUGGCCAUGUACCAGGUGCUCAUCGACCGCUUCGCCACUCCGCACCCCCAGCACUGCGAGAAGCUGAACGAGUAUUGCGGCGGGAAUUUGCCGGGGCUCAUGGAGAAGGUCAACUACCUGGAGGAGCUGGGCGUGGACGGCCUGGUCUUGUCCCCUGUGGUGGACCAGAUGCCGCACGGCUACCACGGCUACUGGACCAAGGACCUGAACAAGGUCAACCCUGCCUAUGGCACGGAGGAAGAUGUGCGGCAGCUGGUGAUUCUGCUGCACGAGCGGAAGAUGAAGGUCAUUGUGGAUGUGAACAUGAACCACGCAGGCAGCCAGAAGGUGAAUGCCAGCAAUCCCCGGGACGUGUCUAUCCUGAAGCCCUUCAACAAGCCGGAGCAUUACCACUCGGACAAUUGCAGCCUGAUCCACGACGCGGACUACGAGCGCGGCUCGUACUUCCUGGAGCAUUGCAAGCUCUACGGCCUGCCCGACUUCAACCACGAGAAUCCCGUGGUGUGGCAGGGGCUGAUGCAGUGGCUGCGCAACCAUGUGGAUCAGUACGGCUUUGACGGCAUCCGAGUUGAUGCAGCCCGACACAUCAACAGGAAUUUCCUGAACCACAUCCCAGAGACGGGCCCGCCGAUCCCCGCUUACUACGAGGUGGUGAACACCGAUAUGGCCUACGUUGCGGGCUAUGCCACAGGGGACUAUGGGGCAGUGUACAAUUACCCGCUCUACUUCGUGCUCAAGGACAUCUUCGUGCCGGGGCCCAAGCAGAAGCCCAUGUCCGCCCUCGGGGACUGGAUGGAGAAGCAGCUUCCAAAGGCCGAGGGCCGCUUUCUGCUGAACUUCCUGGACAACAACGAUCUGCCCCGGUUCCUCUACCGCAUCGGCGAGGGCGGCGGCGUGCCUGAGGCCACCAUGAUGGCGCUGUACCACAACGCGAUGCUGGCAAUGAUGGGCAUGGAGGGCUUGCCGGCCCUCCUCUUCGGCUCUGAGCAGAAUGCCCGCGGCCGUCUGAACUACUCAGACCCCUUGAAGGUGGACAACUGGCGCCAGCCUUUGUGGCAUCAUGGCUACAACACCUCUACGCCCACCUUCCAGCUCAUGAAGAAGGUGCUAUGGGUGAGGAAACGCACCAACGGCCUGCACGCGUGGAAGUGCAUCCCAGUGUACAUGGACCACCAGGUCUUGGUCUGGGCGCGCGGCCCUGCGAUUUUCGCAGUGAGCAACGCGGGCCAGCCCAGCAAGAUCCCCUCGCAGCGGGUGCUCUGGGACAACGCCACCGCCGGUCUCGGGCCUUAUGGGACGCCGUCCCUGGUGUGCAACAUCCUGGAUGCGAACCCGUUCAACGAUUGCGGGGUCUUGGUGCCCGGGAACAUCUCUCGCUUGCACCUCACCGGGGAUCCCAAGCUCUAUGUACCGAAGGAGUACAUCAAUGAGUACGUUCAGUCGUUGAAGGUCAAGCAGAAAGAAGGUGAGCGCAUGGCCAAAGACGCGCAGCGCAACCCUUUAGUGCUGCCGUUUACCAUGUGGAAGAACAUGCCGGACCCUCCGACGGUCCAGAUCCAGGCGCAGAAACGGGUGUCCCGAUCCUGGCGCCCGGGCACGGUGACUCUGAAUGGCAACCCUUCCUGGGUGUGGCACGACUUCCCGCAGCUUCCGCCUCACCUGGACAAGUGGGGCCCGCCCCUGGGCAUGCCUGUGCCACACGUCAUCAGCGGCGUGCUGAAGGACGGUUGCUUCCACCUGGGCCCGGGCGAGAAGGAUGGCGCGGUGUUCGCUCUGCGCAACAACCGGACUUUUGUGCUGUGUCCGGACUCGCCGGAGUUCUGUUCCCGUGUCAUUGACGACCAGGUGAAUCUCACCGCGCUCCAGAAGCACUCCUUGACUGCGGGCUACUUUAUGAAGGAGUUCCCCAUUCUGCACCUCACCUUCGAUGUUUGGUAUGGUGUCUACCACAUGCUCAUCAGCGCGCUGCCCUCCAUUGCUCCGCGCUUGGACAGACUCCGCAAUGGCACCAUGCAGUUGUUCGUGCAUGCCGGGCACCACUUCGUGGGUCAGAUCCUGUCAGUGCUGGGUGUGGAGACCAACGUGUUGCGGCCCCCCUCAGACCCGCCGCUGAAGCAGGCCUUUCACUUCUGCGCGCCGGAGAUCCACUUCGAUCUCUCCACAAGGCCGCAGUAUCCCCGCUUCGAGUUCUCAGUGCCGUAUCUGGCAGAGUUCCGGCGGAACAUCUUGGCCACAGACGACGGGCUCGAAGAGUCCGGCAGGCCAUGCCACCUGAAGCGGCAAGGGCACAUUGUGGUGCUCUCUAGAGGGCACAGCGCUCGCGCCCUGGGCAACGAGGACGAGAUGGUGCUGGCCUUGAAGGCCCUGGGCCGACCUGUGGAGGUAGUCACACCGGACCCGGAGAACUUCCUGCACACGCUCCAGUCGCUCUCACGCGCCGAGGUCUUAGUGGGCGCCCAUGGUGCCAACAUGGCCAACAUGCUCUUCGCCCCGGACGGCAUGAAGGUGGUGGAGAUCGUGCCGCAGGUGCCCUUCAAGAUGCAGGACUACCACUUCUGGGACCUGGCUGCGGCUCUGAACUUCACCUACAUGCCCAUUGGGGACAAGGUGAUGCCCAACGAGUAUGACCAUCAGCUGGCUUUGGACCCGAUGACGGAGGACAAGGCUGUCAUCUCCAUGCACGUGGAUGUAGAGGAGGUGAAGCAACUCGUCCAAAGCUUGCUCUCCUAAGCUCAUGCUCCUGCGUGCUAUUUGAUUGGGGCGGCUGCCCCGCCUUUUGUGAGCGUGGCUCGCCGCGGACGCUCUUCCUGCCACUCACAUGUGGGUCCCUUCGGUCGG